ACAAUAAUGAUCAAAAUCUUUGGUAUGAUUUUACAUCUGAACUGUUCACUGUUUAUUCGUCAGAAAUGGAAAUUCAUCGAACGUUCAUAAAUUGGAAUAUGGUUAAGCGAUGGAAGAAUCAAGUGAAAUAAUAACAAUUUUCAUAGGACAGGCUGGCGUGCAAAUAGCAAAUGCUUGCUGGGAAUUAUUUUGUCUGGAACAUGGUGUAUCUCCCGAUGGCUAUCUCCGUCAGGGCUAUUGUCCAAGGGAUCUUUCUCUGUGUUCUUUCUUUUCAGAGACAAAAGUAAGAAAGCUGACUCCACGUACGUUGAUCAUCGAUCUAGAACCCACGGUGAUCGACGAGAUCAGAACUGGUGUUUAUAAGAAUCUCUUCAACCCAAAUUCAUUGAUCAGUGGCAAAGAAGAUGCGUCGAAUAAUUUUGCUAGGGGAUAUUAUUCUAUCGGUGGUGAGGCGAUUGGUAUUGUCCUAGAUCGUGUGUGUAAAAUAUGGGAAACAUGCUCGAAACCAGCGGGAUUUAUCGUAUUCAGAUCAUUGAACGGUGGUACAGGAAGUGGUUUCGCCACAUUGUUACUUGAACAACUAUCACGAGAUUAUCCCAAGCAAAUCACUCUGGACUUUGUUGUUUUCCCAUCACCUAACAUUGCCACCGUCAUCGUCGAACCUUACAAUGCAGUCUUUACUACCCAUGGUACACUGGAUCACGUGAACUGUUGCUUCCUCGUUGACAACGAAGCUUUAUAUAACAUUUGUGCCAGGAAUUUGAAUGUAGACUCUCCAACUUACACCAACUUAAAUCGCCUGAUCGCUCAAGUUGUCUCGAGCAUCACGGCUUCGAUGAGGUUCGAGGGUGCUGUGAAUCUCACUCUCGAACAACUGCAAACAAACCUGGUGCCGUAUCCUAGAAUUCACUUCUCUCUGGUUACGUACGCUCCAUUGAUCUGUCCCAGAAAAGCCAUGCAUUCCGAAAUUACUACCCGGCAGAUCACGUACGAUUGUUUCGCACCUGCUAAUCAGAUGGUAACGUACGACCCACGGACAGGAGCUUACACGAGCUGUUGUUUGCUCUAUCGCGGAGAUGUGAGUCCAAAUGACGUCAAUAAAACGAUCGCGUCGCUGAAGGGGACGAAGUCGAUCCGUUUCGUCACUUGGAGUCCGACCGGGUUCAAGGUGGGAAUUAACUAUCAGCCCACUACAACAGUUCCUGGGGGUGAUUUGGCAAAAUCGAGGAGGACAGUGGUGAUGGCUAGCAAUAAUACCGCCAUCAAACAGAGAUGGUCGCUGCUUGCCCGGAAUUUCGACUUGAUGUAUCAGAAAAGAGCUUUCGUUCACCAUUACGUAGGCGAAGGCAUGGAGGAAGAUUGCUUCGAAGAAGCUCGCGAGAACAUGAUUGCUCUGAUCGAUGGUUACAGAGAAAUCGAGAGAUGAUUAUUGAAUUGAUAAGCCCAUUAACUCGAAACCUCUUUUUUCCUUUCAAUCACUGGAAGAAUUUAGAAUCAGGGCUACAGUAUACUCGUACGCGUAGAUCGAAUUCUAUCUUCGAUUUUAAAAUGAAAAGCAAACCUCAUCCAAAAAAAAAAAAAAAAAACGAAUUUCAAUAUUUGCUACGUGUACGAUUGAGACAGCUUUUUGUUUGUUGUUAUACAUCGAAAGGAGAGGAAAAAAUUACGCGAUUGCACGCGAGAAGGGAGAAUCAUAGGAAGAUAAGCAGACAACGGUAGACUAGCUGGCACCAUUGAUACAACCCAAGAGCAAUCGUGUAAUAUUUAUUCUUACUUGGCGCGUGUAUAUCUACUGUUGUUCGAUAAGAAGUAUGUAUUAUGUUUCUUUCCAGCCAAGCUCGCAGAAAGUGCCUUGAGCUGCCAAAACCAAUGUAAUAAAAUUAAGCUUCGUUCGGUUCACGUAACACCAUGCUCCUGAUAAGUGAUAUCAAACGAUUGGUAAUUCCUCACAUUUAUCAGAAUCAUCUGCUUUGUUCUGGAUAUAAUCGGUCACCUAUCUUUUGUUACCGAGAACUCGUUGAAAGAUAUUCUAGGAAUACGAACUGGGGGAAAUCCUGGGAUCAUGCAGAUAUAUAUGGCAUUAUAAAUGAAAUUGUAUCGAUUCGAAAGCUUGACAAUAAAGUAAUUUUCCCUUCA